UCAUUCCAAACCAACAUGGCGCCCAGCGGGAUGGCCCGGAGUGCCGGCGGCGAAGCGGCUUCCGAAGCUGGGCUAUCCAAGUGGCAAUAUGCGCUCAUUUUCGCCACGCCAGUCGCUGCCGGCUUGGCCUACUGGUACUACAAAAAAGCCCGUGGAAGGGCGAAGCCGCCCGGCGCCGGCGCCGGCGAAACAAAAGUGUCCAAGUCCGCGGACAAAUCUCAAACCAACCACUCGCGCGGCGCAGCCGACGCCAAGGACCCGUUCGAAAGGGCGAAGGCUUUCAAAAACCAGGGCAACAAGUACUUCAAGGAAGGCAAGUUUGAUAAAGCUAUCGAGUGCUAUACGGAGGCCAUCGCGCUGUGCCCGCCGCAGAACAAAAAUGAGUUGGCUACCUUCUACCAAAAUCGCGCUGCUGCCUACGAGAACUUGAAAAACUACACCGCGGUUAUCGCCGACUGCACCAGGGCGAUAGACCUGAACUUUCAGUACGUCAAGGCACUUCACCGGAGAGCGAAGGCCUACGAGGUCGUCGAUGAAUUGGACAAGUGUCUGGAAGACAUCACAGCUGUAUGCAUACUCGAGGGAUUCCAAAACCAGAACUCAUUGCUUGUGACCGACAGGGUGCUGAAGAAGAUUGGCAAAGCACGUGCAAAGGAACUCAUCAAGGCCCGAAAGCCGAUAAUGCCAUCGAAGCACUUUAUUAGAAAUUACUUUGUGUCCUUCUGUGAAGACCCGGUUAUUAAGGCUGUGCAGGCAUUCCGUGAAGGCAAGCCCUUUCCUAAAAGUGACAGUCCCGGGGGUGCGUACGCACAGGCUGUGGAGUGUCUAGCCAACGAGAAGUAUGAAGACGUGAUUGCACACUGCACCAAGGAGAUCGAAAAUAGCGGAGAUGCGCAAGCCGAAGCACUUCUGCUGCGAGGUACGCUGUACAUGCUGCAAGGGCUAUCACAGGCUACGGUCGACGACCUCAACCGGGUCCUCCAAAUGGACAUGGACACUGCCGGUCUCAAGGUUCGAGUGAACGCUCUCAUCAAGCUUGGCACUCUAAAGGUGCAUGCUGAGAAGUUGGAGGAAGCACUUGAGGACUUUGAGCAGGCUGCCACCCUUGACCCAAGCAAUGCUGACGUCUUUCUGCAUCGGGGCCAGGUGUUGCUGCUUCUGGACAGGCUAGAGGACACGCUCAAGGACAUGGAGCGGAGCGUGACACUCCGACCGGACUUCCCAUCGGCAGCAGCUCAGCGCUGCUACGUGCUGUACAGGUGCGGAGGAGCUUCCAAGGAUCCCCACAAACAGAUGCAGGCAUUCCAGCAGUUUGAAGACAUCCAGGAGCGGUUCCCCAAAUGCCCCGAGUGCUACUUCCUUCAUGCUCAGAUCCUUUCAGAGAACAAGGAGUUUGAGAAAGCCGAGGAGAACUUUCUGAAGGCUCAGAAGGCAGAUCCUACAGACCCAAACGUUCCUGUGCAUCUUGGCAUACUACACCUGCAGUGGACGCAAGAUUUUGAGAAGGCAGCCGAAUUCAUGUACAAGGCAAUCGAAAUGGAUGACAAAUGUCAAUUUGCCUACGAGACCCUCGGUUCCGUUCAGGUCCAGAGGGGAUUCCUGAAGGAAGGCUUGGAGCUGUUCGAUAAAGCCAUCGUGCUCGCCCAGACCGAAGCCGAGCUGGCCCACCUGCUGUCGUUGCGAGACGCCGCCGCAGCACAGGGACGGGUGGCCAGCCGUCUAGGGAUGGCCGUCACCCCUGGCUUCAGCUAGGACUGUCGAGUCUGCCACAUUGGGGACAGCUCUUCCUUUCUUCCUUUUUUUUUUUUCCUUCUUUAUGCGAAGAACCAGAUUGCAGACCAUUCACCGUCAUCCCCUCUUUCGUCUGCCGCCGCCGAGCGUUAGCGGAACUUCAGAGACAUGUUUGUUCCUCACGUUUACGUAUCACAGAAUGGGCGGAACGCGGCAGCUUGAGUCGGCGGGGUGAAGGUAGCACGUCGUCUGGCUCCUGUCGCAAAGCAUUGUUCUGUGCAGUGAAACCCGAGCAGCACGGAUGCUCGAGUGUGCGCACUACUCUUAAAAACGGUGGCAUGUGUUCCGUUUAUUUGUCUGGCGCCUGCAUACAACUUAUAUAGCUAGGGACCAGCGAUUGUUUUCGGGGAGCUAGGCCUUAGAUGCGGCUCAGCUAUGCCAGUUAGGAUAUCAAACCAAGUGAAAAAAAUGGAGAGAGGAAGUUUGCAGCCCUCUGCAAGAAACGUGAAAGAGGGUAGUAGGAGUGACACGUGAUGUAAACAAGCCACCUGCUGAGUGUUCCAGAGGACAGUUGUUCCUCAAAAUUUGGAUUUCUAAACAGGGAUGCAGUAUGCGGGGAAAGGCAUGGUCAGAAGACAGAGAAGCGUCUAGAAAAAAAGUAACAGAACGAGGAGGCUGUCUGCAUUGUCUGUGCCUUCUUUUUCUUUUGUCUUCUGCGCACUUAAAAAUAGUCAGCGUUGUAUUUUGAGUGCAAUUUUCGCGGCUGGUGCAUGCCGUAUUACCAGAGUUGUUUGUUCCUCACCAUGCUAUUUUGGUGUCGGGUGUUUACCUGAAUAAGACUAGUACAGGCCAGUACAGCAGUUGAAAAGAAUCGCUACACCAGUCUGAACAUCCAAGUCAGCGAUGUUGCCCUCGCGAACAAGUCGAGUCGUUGCUGUAAACAAAAGAAUUUCUUUUAACUCUUGAAGUGUCUGUUCCUCCUUUGGUCUCUUGCUCCCUUUCACAAUGUUCUCUCGUUUAAUAGUAGCACUAAAUUUUUUGCAUUUUUUUUUUUGUUCUGAGGAAGUGUGUAACAUCUUCUAGUCUGUGCAGCAGAAUAAACUGAUUUUGUUUUUUGCUCUCAAA